UACAACGAGGGUCCCAGAGCAGGGGUACCGGGGGUUGGGUAGCACUCAGUCUUUCUUGAAUAGAGGGUUGGCGAUGUGCACGCUUACGAGCCUGGUUUUGUGUAUCCUUGCGCAUAUCAUAUGCGUACAUUACAUAGAAUUACGCCUCGUUUAUGGAUGUACGAGCUGCUACGGCGAUUCAUACCUUUUUUUUGACUGCAAGUCGGUGCCUCCAACAGGAACUUUAGCUUUUUCGCCGUCUAUUCACAAGAACUAGAUAACAAUGGAAGGAGUACUCGAUAUGUCGGUCCGCAAGCAGUUGGCUCACGAGUUUGGUGGAGAUCCAGGUAAGGUUGAAGACAUCCUGCCAUGCACGCCGUUUCAACGGGACGUGGUGGCAUGGAGUGCGAGCAAACAGCAUGAGGCAGUCGGCCAUGUCCUCCUUGAGAUUACUAACAACACCGAUAUCGAGCGCUUGGCCGCAGCAUGGAAGAAGGUGCAUCACCUGAUUCCAGCCUUCCGCACUUGCGUAUUCAUGUCCUCCUCUGGAGAUUGCUUCCAAGCGAUCUUGUCCGAGGCGAUGGUUUGGAAACACGUCAAGACUUCGGACCUUGAUAAAGUCGUUGAAGAGGAGAAAGCCGCCGCUAUCGACGAGUCCCAGUGGAACAGGUUCGCGGUAGUUGUGUCAUCUGACGGAAAGCGGCGCAACUUGGUUUGGACAUUUAGCUACGCGAACUUCGACAACUCCUUUCAGGAGCGCAUCCUGGACAUGGUACAUACCGCCUAUAUCGGUGGAGAGCUCCAGCCCUCUGGGGGACUAAAGACGAUGGUCGAGUCGCUCGGUAAGAACUCUGAAAGGGCAGCGCGAUUCUGGCAACAGCGGUUUGACGGCUUCAACGCCGCUGUCUUUCCAGCACUGUCGUCUGUCAAGGUUGUGCCUCAGCCGGAUGCUCGCGCACAGCACGAAUUCUCGUGUAUCACUGGUCCGCACCAGAAACGGCCAAGCACAGUGAUUUGUCGAGCCGCUCUUGUAGCGCUUCUUUCGCGCUAUACUCACAAUGAAGAUGUGCUUUUCGGCGCUAUAACAGAGCGGUCUCCUGUGCUUGACGGGUCAGAGCAACUAGUUGACGGUCCCACUAGGGCGCUGGUGCCUGUCUGCACGCGAAUUUUGCCUGAAAUGAGUAUUUCGCACUUGAUGGAUGCAGUCGCCGAGAACGACACUGCUGUACAUGAGUUUGAGCAGACUGGCCUCCGACCUCUUGCCAAUGUCGAAGGCGAAGAAUCGGCGGCCGGUGCAUUUCAAAUUGUACUGGCAGUGACUGCUCUAGGUAUUACUCAUGCGUUAAGUUCCGCCCUAUAUCGCCCUACAGUCACCCCGGAUAGGUUCGCACCUUAUGUCGACCGCGCCAUUUUGAUCCAUUGCCAUAUGUCCCAGGCUUGGGCGUCAUUGUCAGCUCGAUACGAUCCGAGGGUCAUCGAUACUCCUCAAAUCAACCGGUUCCUUACACAACUAGGGGCUUUGAUUCAGUGCUUCUCUAAUUCCGAGGUCGACGUACCUGUAAGGUCACUGGACAUGGUCACUCCAGAAGACCGCGCAGAAAUUAACUCUUGGAAUUCGACCCAACCUCAACCCCGCGAAGUCUGCAUCCACGACGUAAUCUCUCGAUUUUCGACCGAUACUCCUCAAAAACCCGCUGUAUCUGCCUGGGAUGGCCAGUGGACAUACGCCGAACUCGAAAAUUUGUCGUCUCGUCUCGCGGUAUACAUCCUAUCUCUCAAUUUGGAUAUGGGACUGGCGGUACCCUUAUGCUUCAACAAGUCCAAAUGGACGGUUCUUGGGAUGCUUGCAGUCCUCAAGGCUGGUGGCGCAUUCACCCUCAUCGACCCCUCCCUUCCAGCAGCCAGGAUCGUCAGCAUAUGUCAGCAAAGUCAGUCCAAGAUCGCGCUGGUUCCUAAGGUUCACCUUGAUACUAUGCGUACCGCCAUAGGUCAUUGCAUUGCUGUUAACGACGACCUGAUACAGUCCCUUCCUCGUGACGAGACUCAGCUUAAACCCGUCGCAAAACCGAACGAUCUGGCGUACAUCCUGUUCACCUCCGGUAGUACGGGAGAACCCAAAGGAUGUAUGAUCGAGCACCGAGGAUGGGCUUCGUGUGCUCUUGAAUGGGGCCCUGCACUUGGGAUCAAUCAGAGUACCCGUGCGAUGCAGUUCGCAUCGUACACGUUUGGUGCUUCCCUAAUCGAGACCCUAGCUCCCCUAAUGCUUGGCGGUUGCGUCUGCAUUCCUUCCGACGAUGAGCGUAUGAAUGAUCUUCCAGGCUUCAUGAAGCGAGCGCAUGUGAACUGGGCAUUCUUUACUCCUUCGUUCGCUGGGACGUUCCAUCCAGACAGUGUUCCCGGGCUUCAAACUCUGGUGCUGGGUGGCGAACAAAUGUCGGAAGACGUCAAGAACACCUGGGCUCCACGAGUUCGGCUUUUCCACGCCUAUGGCCA